AUGGAGAACGUGGCCAUAUUUGACUCUCCUGGGAAAGGAAGGGGUUUGAAGGCGACCAAGGAGUUUUGGCCUGGGGAUGUCAUUUUUUCUGAGCCCAGUCUUUCAGCUGUUGUGUUUGACAGCCUUGCAGAGCGCAUUUGCCACAGCUGCUUCCGCAGACAAGAAAAGCUCCAGAGGUGUGGUCAAUGCAAAUUCGCUCAUUACUGCGACCGAACCUGCCAGCGUGCCGGCUGGGCAGAACACAAACAAGAGUGCAGUGCCAUCAAGGCCUACGGAAAAGCACCAAAUGAGAACAUCCGGCUGGUGGCCCGCAUCAUGUGGCGCCUCGAUAAGGAAGGGAGCGUGGUGUCAGACAUGCAGCUGACCACCCUGGACGAGCUGGAGGAUCACCUAAAUGACAUGCAGGAGGAUGACUUGAAGGAGCUCAAAGUGGAUAUUCACAACUUCCUGGACUACUGGCCCCGAACCAGCAAGCAGCACACAAUCGACGACAUCUCACACAUAUUUGGAGUGAUCAACUGUAACGGCUUCUCUGUGAGUGAUCAGAGGGGUCUUCAGACGGUAGGCGUUGGUCUUUUUCCUAAUUUGUGCUUGGUUAACCAUGACUGCUGGCCAAACUGCACUGUGAUCCUCAACCAUGGCAGUCAGUCGGCUGUGAAUACCAUAUUUCAUUCUCAACGGAGGAUUGAGCUGCGCCCCUUGGGUAAGAUCGCAGAAGGAGAGGAGCUGACGGUCGCUUAUGUGGACUACAUAAAUCUGUCAACGGAGAGGCAGAGGCUCCUGAAAACACAAUACUUCUUUGACUGCACUUGUGAACACUGCACCAACAAAACCCACGAUGACAUGAAGAUGGGAGGGCGAGAAGUGGAAGGAGUCAAGCCUACAGAUGAACAGGUGAAGGAGGCGACAGAUUACUGCUUUGAAAUGAUGGAGAAGAUGGACAAGGCUCGAUUAAACGCCGACUACCACGAGGUGGUGAAAAUAUGCAAACAGUGCAUUGAAAAGUCAGAGCCUAUCUUGGCUGAAACUCACAUCUACCUGCUGAGGAUGUGGAGCACAAUGAGUGAGGUGCAAGCCUACCUGCAGUAUUUCGAGGACGCGGCGGAAUACGCUCGCAAGAUGGUGGAGGGAUAUACGAAACUGUACCACCCAAACAACGCUGCCCUGGGUAUGGCUGCCAUGCGUGCUGGAGUGACUCACUGGCAGGCCGGACUGAUCGAGGUUGGACAUGCGAUGAUCUGCAAGGCCUACGGCAUCCUCAUGGUCACCCACGGCCCAACGCACCCCAUCACCAAAGAUCUCGAGGCAAUGCGCGUGCAGACAGAGAUGGAGCUGAGGAUGUUCAAGCAGAACGAGUACGUUUACUACAGCAUGAGAGAAGCAGCCCUGAAAAACAAACCCAUGAGCAUGCUGCACGAGCCCAAGUCUGUCGAGGAAGGGAUCAAGAACCUCUUCCACCGCAGGAAGUAACUCAAACGUGGAACUGUUAAGAGAGCAAUCACUUGUUUGCUGUAAACAGCUUUCUAGGCGCUCUGUGUUUCAGUCUCAUGACCAAUUUCUGUAUUGCUCACUUUUUGUAGUUACUUUUCAUUAAAUUGUGUUAAACCAC